CACGUAUAGUAGAUACAUAUUUUUCACUCUUCUGUUCUGAUAUUAGAAAAUGUUGCAUGUAAUUGGAUUGGGUCUUGGUGAUGCAAGAGAUAUAACCGUAAAGGGUCUUGAAAUAAUUCGUAUGUGCGAUCGUAUCUAUUUAGAAUCGUAUACAUCGAUUUUAUCUAUCAGUUUAAAGGAUUUGGAACGAUUUUAUGAUUGUACGAUACUUGAGGCAGAUCGGGAAUUAGUCGAGAAUAAUGCAGAUGAAAUAUUGCCGAAAGAUGAGAAAGAAAAUGUUGCUUUCUUGGUGGUAGGUGAUCCAUUUGGUGCUACCACACACACAGACUUAAUAUUACGAGCCCAUGAGAAAAAUAUAAAGGUAAAUAUUGUACACAAUUCUUCCAUUUUGACUGCAAUAGGAUGUUGUGGCUUACAAUUAUAUCGUUUUGGAGAAACUGUUUCUAUUCCUUAUUGGAAUAACGAUUGGCAACCAAGUAGUUUCUAUGAAAAAAUUAUUUCCAAUAGGCAAAGAGACCUACACACAUUGUGUUUGUUAGAUAUCAAAGUAAAGGAACCUACUAUAGAAAGUAUUACUAAAAAAAAUAAGGAAUAUAUGCCAUCACAAUUUAUGAGUGUCUCAGAAGCUGCUAUACAACUAUUACAAGUCAUUGAGAAAAGAUUUGAAGAAACUAAAGAAGAAUUAGCCUUAGACAAAUCCAGCCUCGUAGUAGGUUUAGCUCGUAUAGGUUGGGAUAAUCAAGGGGUAAAUUUUCCGUUCAUCACCAACGUCAAGAACACAGAUAUUGUUAUUUCAAGAAAGAAAGAUAAUGCAAAGAAAAGAUACGAAAAUGCAAAUGAAUGUCUAAACGUGCUUUCGUCGUGACAAUGUAAUUUGU